AUGGUUCGUCGUGAUCACGCCAGCGUGUCUGGUCUGGAAAUGCGCCUUCCUGAAGAUGACGAGCGUCUGUGGAAGCGCCGCCGGGCUGGUUUACAGCCUACAAAUUUUGGUUCAAGGAGUCGCAUAUGUUCUUCCCGCUUCCGAAGCUGUUCGUCGCGUACUGUGAGGAUGUUCGGAUCGCUUUUUCUCAACUUUGUCCGGCGGGUGUUCGCAAUAUCACGGGCACGCUGGUUCUGGCUGCCGAACUGGGGAUGGAGCUUAAUCUGGACUUUUAUGAGUCGAUGUCGUCCAUUGCUGUCAACCAGGCACUCCCGGGACCUGCGAUACCGGAACGAGUGGAGUCCGAUCUUUGGUAGAGAGCUCGGCCAAAACCUUUUAGGAUGCCUUAUUCGGCCUCCUUUCUGGCUUAACCCUCCAGUUAACUUUUACGAGGACGUUCGGCGGCUUUCCGAGCACGGGAAGAGGAAGUGGGAGGACAUCGCCGAGACGCGGAUCAAAGCUCAGUGGCUCGCAUCGCGCAAGAGGUGCCGACCCGGUAGAAGAGGUGACGGCCGAUGGUCAGAAAGUGUGGGGAAGAAGAAGAAGAAGAGCGCCUCGGCCGGGAAGCAGGCGGAGAGGAAGAAGGAGAAAACGGCAUCCGGGUCUUCAUCUAAGACCGUGGUGACGAUCGGCGAUCGCGUGGCCGCCGAGCGGGCAGACCCUUGGUAUGCCGAACAUCCGGGUUACUCGGGUAGAUCCGGAGACGGGUCUGAGGGAACCCAUCACUCCCACCAGCGAACCGUUUUCGAAGGAGCUGCGGACGAUCCUCCUAUUCUUCGCAGGAAGCGCCGUCUUCCCUUUUACCGAGCUCGGCGGCGAGAUCGACGUGCCGGGGUCCUCGGGUGGUCUGAGAAAGAGGAGGCGGACAUCCUCUGCCGAGCAUGGGGAGAUGGCCGAUGA